AUGUCUUUGUCAACCGACAAAGAACACCUCAUUCGACAAGUCGGAGAUGCCUAUGACGCGUUCAUGAUGAAGAUCAGGAAGAGUCAAGUCACUCGCUCAGACAAGCCUCUAUUGGGAUUGGUCAUAGACGGUCACGUCAAAGCUGGCGCACGGAGGCGUUGUGGCGUUCCAUCGGUUUCUGCUACCUUGUGCCAGCCCUUGCAGGCAUGGUCCUUGACCACUUGCCCUCGCACACCAGCCUACAAGCACAAGUUUUGCCCCUGGCAUGUUCGCUGUCUGGCAGCUUUUGAUGCAGAACCAACAGCUGUUCACUCUGUGUCCCGAGCUGCUUCCUUGGCUCAGAGCGGCGAUGAUCUCUUGCGUGUGAUCCUGUCUCAACGUGGCGCGCGUGCAGAGAAAGAGCUCAGUAAACUCACACGCGCCGAGAACAUGCUGGUUCGAGGGUAUUUGACUGCUUGUCACCGAGUCAAAACCCUACAGCAGGUGGAGCCUGUGAUUCACGACGGAACCACACUGCAAGAGCUUUUGGAUUUGCAAUGCCAAACUCACAAGCAAGGGGAUACGGGUAAGCAUUGGAAUGCACUGGCCGAAUCCCUCGCCUACCCGCAAAUGAAAUACAUCGUGGACAAGUUUCACAGCAGGGGCCAUGUCGAUGCUUGGUGUGUAGCCAAUUGCGGGCCUAACGUGCCUGAAAACAGCGAGGUUGUCACUGAGAUAAACACAUCCAUCUGCGAGAUCACGUUUGCGUGGCUGGCUCGAUUCAAGCGCAUGACGCGCAAGAUGAAUCAAUUCUCCUUCUGGUUCUUCGACCAGGAAGUCGUGUACGAAAGGAACGUGACCUUACUCAGUAAGCAUGGCGGAACUUGGCCGAUGGAUGUCAAUCCUCCUGCUGCCGAUGGGGCCUCUACUUCGGAAUCUGAGUCUUGCGCUGAGGCGUCGUCCUGCGGCUCCUGUUCAGACAGUGCCUGCGGACCGGCUGCCAAUUGCGCGACCGCUGUUGCUCACUUGCUUCUGGGAUGA